AGAGAUGAGCCUCAUUUAGGGGAGGAUCAUGUGCAGGAAGAUCUCGUUCAUCGAGGAGAUUCAGUAGUGAGUGAGGAGAUUCUGAGUGACAAUCCUGUUCAUUUAAAGUUAGUUUUAGAUAAUAUUACUAUAGACAACCAACAUUUUUUACAAGGGACCUGUGACUAUUCUCUGACGAAUCAAAGACCCCUCUCCAGGGUUAAGAGGAGCCCUCCAAGAAGAAUCCCCAACCCUUCAUCUGGCAGCAGAGAGACUCCAGCAACCAGCAGCACUGAGACCCCAUUGGGCUCAAACAAAGUCAAGGUGGAAUCUAAAUCCGAGCUUCUGGAAUGUGCUGUCACAGAGGAGACAGACAAUGCGACAACACAAGUGCCUGUUGUUCCCAUGCAGGAUGCUCCUCUAGCAAAUGAACACAAACAGCAGCCCGUCUCCACCUUUUCUGACAGCAUUGUCCACUAUAACCAACCUUGUAAAUUACUCAAUUCUACUUCUAAACACAUUCUUAGGUCACGGGUAGAGAAUACGGUCCACACAGGGGAUGUUCACAGUGUCCCCUCCAUGAGUGAGAGCAGGGAGAUUCUGCACAGCUGCCACGUGUGCGGUAAGACGUUCGCAUCGCCCUCCAGCCUCGGAGCUCACUUUGUAUGCCAUUCAAAGGAGAGACCUUAUGUUUGCAAGUACUGUAAUUUCAGGUUCAGUCGUUUAUCCGAUAUGAAAAAGCAUGAGCGCAUUCAUACAGGAGAAAGGCCAUUUAACUGUUCUCUCUGUGGACGGCGAUUCAACCGAACAGAGAAUCUCAAAAGACACUUGAGGAAGGUUCAUUUUGGAGCAGCACGGUGAGCUUUAAAUUCACAGCAUGUAUCCUUGCUGGCUGUAGUGUGAUAAGGGCAUUUAUACAGUUGUGGUUAGAAUUAUUUCCACCCCUGGUAAAUAUAAUCAGAGAUUGCUGUAAAAAAUCACAUUAUGAAAUAAAUGCUUUUCUUCUAAACAUGUUGGCCAUAAUUAUUGGCACACUUUUAUUAAAUACUUUUUGCCAAGAUAACAGCUCUGAGAUUUCUUCUAUAAUGCCUGACGAGUUUGGAGAACACAUGACGAAAGAGAUCAGAGACCUUCAUACAGAAUCUCUUCAGAUUCACGAGUUCAUGUUGGUGCCUCUCCUCAUUUUCUAUAGGGUUCAGGUCAGGGAACUGGGACUGUCAUGGCAGAAGCGUCAUUUGAUGUUUGUUUUAAAUAGUUGUCCUGAUGGAAGAUCCAACCACAACCCAUUAUAAGCAUUCUGUCUGUUGACGUUUGCUAGAAUCCAUGAUACCAUGUAUCUGAACAAGAUGUCCAGGACCUCCAGCAAAAAAGAAAUAACAUUUAUUAUUGAAAACUAAAUUUUUGUGUACUCUGUAAUAAAUGUUUUCAGUAUUCUUUGGUGAACAAAAAGAAAAAAAAAGAAGUCUUUAUUGUCAUAUUUGAUAUCUUUGCUGAAUAAAAUUAUUACUUUAAAAGAAAAACAAACAACAGAAGUGUAAACGUGUGGGGUUUUUUCCUUUGAAAUAACUGUUAGAAAUUUCUUACUUGUGGUUUUGUUUCCCCCACGGGUUGGUGAGGUCCUGUUGUUGACCAUAUAUGAACACAUGAUUUCUGCUGCAACCCUGUUGUUUCCAUUGUUUUUAUUUUUACAGUAUAAUAUCUAAGACUGAUAUAAUGUUUCUUUUCUGCAGCUGAGCUCUGGCAAGUUUCAAAGUGAAUUUCAGU